AUGUUUCUCCUCAUGUGGGCGACUCUGCUCUUCUCUGUGAAAGGCACCACUAACGGGCAAAACAUCAUAUUGUCCGCCACCAGCACCAACAGGGUUCAGUCUGGGUUCAAAGGACGAGUUUCACUGUUGGAACCUGACUUGAAUCAGAAGAACUGCAGCAUCAUCAUCAAUGACCUCACUGAGUCAGACUCUGGAUCAUAUCAGUUCAGAGUUAGUGGUCUCGAUAACCAGAAUGAAAGGAAAUACAUAUACUCUCCAAAAGCAACUGUCUCUGUUAAAGCUCUGACCCAGAAGCCCACAGUGAUGGUUCCUCCUCUGACAGAGGGACAGCAGACCACACUGACCUGCACUGCUCCUGGUCUCUGCUCUGGAUCUGUUCCUACAAUCACCUGGACGUGGAGAGGAGCAGGAGAGGACGACUCUCACAUCUCAGGAAACAUCACAGCCUUCAAGACUGAGAAUCUGACUGCUGUCAGCUCAACUUUGACCUUUAACCCUUCAGCUGAACACCACGGCAGCAUUAUCACCUGUAAGGUCGGCUUCACAAACGGCAUCACCACAGAGGAGACGAUGACUCUAAAUGUGACCUAUGUGAAGAAACCUGAGAUCACUGGAAAUACAACUGUUGAAGAGGGAGGUGCUCUAAACCUGACCUGCAGCGGUAAAAGUUUCCCUCCAUCUGUUAUUACAUGGACCAAACAUGGUUCCAACAAAUCCCUGCAAAAUAAGAACGUAACCACCAAACAGAACGACACCGGAGCAGCCAACCUGGUCAUCCUUAAUGUGACAGAAGAAUAUUCUGGACUGUACAUCUGCACAGCUAAACACCAGAACACGACUCUGACUGCACGAGCUGAAGUAACGUUGACCUUUGUUCCCAGAGUCUUGAAGAGCUCUGGAUGUGUGUCUCAGCUGGAGGUUCUGACCUGUGUCUGUAUCUCUGAGGGGUCUCCUUUACCCGCCGUCGAAUGGCCGCUGUUGCUGACUCACGCUGAAUACUCCGUCACCACCAACGUGUUGAAGCACACCGUCAACAGCAGCGUCACUGUGAAACACCGUAACUACACCACUGUGGAUUGUGUCAGCAGCAGCAAAGUUGGAACUGUGAACAUGUCCCUCAACGUCACCGUUAAAGAGUCUGAACAAGAUGGUGAGUCAAAAUAUCUCUUAAUCAUUGUCAGUCUGUGGCACGUCAUCGUUGCGUUUGUGGUUGGGAUCCUUCUUUCAGCGACCACCUGCUGUUUGUGCAGAUCAUGCCAACGGAAUAAAAAGAGCUCUGAAGAUAUGACUGAGACUGAGACUCUAGAGAUGGUGACUAUUCAAGCAGUUCCACUGAUCAGCGUAAGUCAAGCAGUGGAAUACGCUGAGAGCCAGGAGCAAGAGGCGGCUGCAGGGGGAGCUGAGGCUGCUGGGAUACCGAGAGAGGUGGAAUACUCCAACCUUGACUUCUCCCAGUUGAAGAGGAAGGAUUUCACCGGGGCGGAGGACACGCAGGAGACCACGGAGACGGAGUAUGCAGAGAUAAAGAACAAAGAAACAGAGGAGAGGGGAGACUACGGUGGGGAGGACGGGGAAAUAUUGGAGGUCGAUGAGGAGAAGAUCGGGGAAGAUGAGGAGAUAAAACAGUGCACGUCUGCAGGGGAGGAGGGAGGGGAGGACGUGGUGGUGUACUCCAAUGUCAAAGAAAUAAUGGAGGAAAGACGGACCCUUGUCCUGUGGAGCAAGAGGGACGAACGAGAGUGUCUCAACAAUCAUCGAAUCAGGAUGUUUGUUCUCAUGUGGGCGACUCUGCUCUUUGCUGUGGGAAGCAACACUGCUAACUCAGAGAUUACAGCGGAGGCUGGACUCUGUGCUGUGAUGCCCUGCUCUUUCACCACCGAUCCUGGCUUCACUUUGGAAAGUGCAGUUGUGUACAAAUGUGAACCUUCAAAACAGAGCUGCAAGGACAUAUUCCUCCACUUGAACAGCACGGACCUGCACGAUCAGUCUGGGUCCAGAGGACGGCUGUCACUGAAUCUGAAGAACUGCAGCAUCAUCAUCAGUGACCUCACGGAGUCAGACUCUGGAUUGUAUCAACUCAGACUAAAUGGGACACUGAAAGGCCAAACAACAGGAUACCCAUCAGCUAACGCCACGAUCACCGUCCAAGGUCUGACCCAGAAGCCCACAGUGAUGGUUCCUCCUCUGACAGAGGGACAGCAGACCACACUGACCUGCACUGCUCCUGGUCUCUGCUCUGGAUCUGUUCCUACAAUCACCUGGACGUGGAGAGGAGCAGGAGAGGACGACUCUCACAUCUCAGGAAACAUCACAGCCUUCAAGACUGAGAAUCUGACUGCUGUCACUCAGAGACACAGCUCAACUUUGACCUUUAACCCUUCAGCUGAACACCACGGCAGCAAUAUCACCUGUAAGGUCGGCUUCACAAACGGCAUCACCACAGCGGAGACGGUGACUCUGAAUGUGAACUAUGUCAAGGAAGUUAAAAUCACUGGGGACACAAGUGUGAAGGAGGGUGAGACUCUGAAUCUGACCUGCAGUGUUGAAAGUUUCCCUCCAUCUUCUAUCACGUGGACUGAACUCGGCUUGAAUGAAACCCUGAACAAUGACACUGGAACGGCCACACUCGUUAUCUCUAACAUGACCACGGAUGAUCGACGGUACCUUUGUACUGUGGAACAUCUGAAUAAAAGUCUGAUGCAGGAAGUAAACGUAACAGUGAUGUAUGUGAAAGGACCUAAAAUAACUGGGAAGACAACCGUAAAGGAAGGCGAUGCUCUGAAUCUGACCUGCAACGCUGAAAGUUUCCCUCCGUCUCUUGUCACGUGGACUAAAAUCCCUCCCAGUAAAAACCUGAACAGUGGAGCGGAUACUGACCUGCCGAGCAACAAUGGGUCGUCCUCUCUCAUCAUCUAUAAUGUGACAGCAGAACACAGCGGACUGUACGUCUGCACGGCCAAACACCUGGACACCACUCUGACUACGUCUGCUUCUGUCACUGUGACUCUCCCUCCAACGAUCCUAAAAAGCUCCCAUUGCAAACACCAGUCUGAGGUUCUGAGCUGUGAGUGUCUCAGUCAGGGGGUUCCUCUACCGACAGUCACAUGGACGCCGCUGGAGAACCAGACGGAGUACGUUCUCAUCAUCACGGCGUCAAACCACACGGUCAACAGCACGUUCACCCUCACACACACAGCUCACAGCAACACCGUGGUUGAGUGUGUGAGCAGCAACAGAAAUGGAGAAGUAAAAGAAAAGCUCAUCAUAAAGAAAGUACCGGUAGUAGAAGAAGAAGAUCAUCACAUGAAAAUGUUUAAAUUGGUCACACGGCUGGAAAUUAUCCUUGCGUUUUUGAUCGGGGCUCUUCUUUCUGCAAUCAUCUGCUGUUUGGUGAGAAAAUGCCCCAGAAAAAACGAGAGGAUAUAUGGAAAUUUGGCUGAGACUCUGGAGAUGGUUACAAGUCAUGAUGAUUCACUGAUGCAUGCUGGUCAAGCAGUGGGAGAUUAUCAAUCCAUCGACCAAGUGGCGGCUGAGGCAAGAGGAGAAGUGGCGGUGGGGAAACCUGACGUGGAGUACUCCAAGAUAGAUUUCUCCCGGGUUACAAGAAAGGCGACAACAGAGGCAGGGACGACAAAAGAGUCCACGGAGACAGAGUACGCUGACGUUAAAGAGUUAAAGAAAAUGGAAGAGGAGAGUCGAGAUAGAGAUGAAGAGGGUGAAGAGGAGAUGAGUGGGGAGGACACAGAGCCCAAUCAUUGUGUAUCGGAGGAGCAGAAGGGUGAGGACGAGGCGUUGUACUCCACUGUGAAGGACAUAAUGGAUGAGUAA